AUGCCCAUCACCAAAGAGCGCAUCUCAUCGCCACUGGAGGCUGGGUCCUCGAUCCUUGACUCCAAGCAACUUCCAGAACCCCUCACCGCCGCGCUAGAAUACGUCUCCAGCCGUCUAGCAAGAAAGAGACUUCAUCUCUCCCUCAUCGUCGUCCGAAAAGACGUCAAACUUCCUGGGGAUUCGUCCCCACUAUCACCCCGCACCUCAUCGCCAUCUGGCUCUAUCACCACAUCGCCUGCCCGAUCACUCUUCAGCGGCACAUCAUCAACCUUCUCGCAGGCCAACUCCUCCAUCUCUGGUUCUUCAUCUGAUGUCUCUUCCUCCUCGACACUAUCGCGCACACAAUGGGCCAGCUUACCAUCCUCGCCGAAGGACUUUGCCGCCUCUCCAAGAAUGAUGAGCCCAUCAGCUGCUUCGUCUCCAACCUUACCUUGCACACCUAUUACGCCUCCUACGCCUUUGUCACCCAAUCCCUACGGCAUAUCUUUGUUGCACGCUAGCACUUUGACGCCCAAGGCGGAAAAGAUCCUGAGACAUACAAUUGCUAAGGCAGAGAAGAAAUUCUCCAUCGGAUCCGGCUGGCUCUGCCCCAAAUCCCUUACAUCAACCACAACCUGCGCGCUCACCCACGACCUCAUCGCCCGCUCCCUAAGCCAAAACGAAAUCCUGUUCUCCUCCGAAGGUCUCACCCUCCUCUCCCUCGACCACAUCUACACCUUCAAAUGCCAGCUGCACACCUACUCGCACACACUCUCUCCCUCCGACCUAUCCCAAGCCGUCGACGAGCUCCGGCGUUUGGUCUUGGCACAGAACGGGAAGCGCAUCACCAAGGGCUAUCUCAUGCGCGCAUACGAAUGGCUCGGCGUGUCUCUAGCAGCACUGGUCGAUGUAAACGAAGGAUACAAAACCGCUUACGGAGGCCCAUCGCGCUUCGGCGGAAUCGAAGUCCCCGCCCCGCCACCAGCUCUCAAAACAACAUUCGCCCCAUCCGAGCUGCAUAAAAUGAAGCUCUCCCUCUCUUACUCCUCAAGUACCUGCACUUCAAACAUGACCAGUAGCACGCUCUACGAGAGCGGUAUGUCGAUCAAAGAAGUCGAGGUCGGGGAGAGUGCGAAGGGAAGGGAUAAGUGGGGGAAUGAGGGCCUUAGAGAAGAUAAGGGGCCGCAUAGACGGGGCGCUUUGACGCCGAAUGGCUUUGAGGAUAUUACGCCUGUUACAAAGGGGGAGUGGUGCUUUUUGAUGGUGGGGGAGGGGUGGAAGGGCGGGAAGACUGCCGCGGUCGAAACUUGUUAG